AUGAUGAAAGUUGUAUGUGUUGUUGUAAUUCUUCUAACAACAGUAUAUACUUCACCUGUUAACGAGAACAAACACGAAUCAAAUGCACGACCAGUUCGUGAGACAUCAUCGACAGAUGAAAUCACAGAACAGGAUAAGCAAGCCUGUGCUGAAUUGCGUUUAGAGUAUGUUAAAGUAUGUGCAAUGGCUGGUCAGCACUUACCUGAUGAAAAAGAAAGAGAGUUUUGCGCUGCAUUCGAGAACAUUUGCUUCCGGAUUCCCAACUCAGAACCUGACCAAGCCACUAUGCCCAAGGCUCUGAUAAAGGAACUAACUCCAAUGACGUCUUCUAAACUUUCCCAUGAUCUUGAAACCUUUCCAUCCAAAACGACAACAACUACAACCGCAAAACCGAAACCCAAAAUAGACAUCGAAGCAUUCUGUCGUGAUUUCAAAAACCGUUAUCUUUUCGUUUGUCCAGAUCCAUUCCGGUUCGGCCAAAAGGCCGUUGUUUUCUGCCCUAUUUACUCAGAACGAUGCCAUGUUCCACUGCCAGAUAGACCAGUAGUUCCAACAAGAAAACCUCCAAAAAGCCGACGAGGUGGAUCAGCUGUUGAACGAUUAUGCAGAAGCUAUCGAGGAUUUGCUGAUUCCUACUGUAAUAACUCACUCCUACUAUCUCAACCACAAUAUCGCGAAGGUUGUGAAAAAUAUUGGAGAUUCUGUACCCAUCGUGGGAAUCCUACGUAUCAAUCAGAAGAAAAAAUGAAAUUGCCGCGGUGGGUUUACCUUUUACUAGUGGUCGUUCAGUGCAUCUACGCUCAAGGUCCAAUUGCUCCAAGGCACUAUUAUGGAGCUCAUCAGGGUAAUAUUCGAUCAGGGGUUGUUCCAUUCUGGGGUGGCGCUCCAGUUGUCAACCAAGGAACACUAGCUCCACACGUUUGUGGAUUCAAUGCUUAUACAAGAAAGUGCAUGGAUCCAGAAAAUAAUUGUCCAGGAAGAUGCAUGAACUUCCGAUAUACUUACAACGUCUUGUAUGACUGCAGAUGUUUAGCAUUAUGA